UCGAUAGCUAGAGUAAGCAGAUACCUUGAAUAGAGCUAUAUUAUGUUAGACUAAAUGUUAAAUUAAAAUACAAUACGACGUUUACUGCAAAUAGUGAUCAUAAAGUUAUACCGGAACUAAACUUGAAAGUACGUUUAUAUUUUAGGACUAAAAAUAUAAAAUUAUGCUAUAAUUAUUCCGUGAAGUGAUUUCAGUGCCACUAAGACCAAAUGUGUUAUUAUUUUUGUUUUUCAUUAGCUUUAAAACAUGCCAAUACACGGAUACCCGGUGAGAUUUAUUCACACUAUACUCAAGUGGGUGGAUUUAACGACAGAGGGUGAAGGAUUAAACGGAGUGAUAUAGCUCCUACACGUAUAUUACAUACCUUCUUGUAUCAGUAAGGAAAAUGGCAACUACUGGUAACGAGAGGCGUCUACGAUACUUACUGCUUCUUUGGGAAGGAGGGACAUUAGUAUUACACGAAAUACUUGCAGCAGAGACGGACAAGACAGGUCAGACACUGGAAACGUUGCUAAAAGCAAACGAGGGGCAUUUUAGACGUAAAACAGACAAACAAACAUUCCAGAAGAUUUUCCCAUCGGCUGGAAUUCGGGAUACAAAAACGUGGGAUAUAUCUCUAUUGGCGACAGUUAUUUUAAUGCUUUUCAAGAAUAAUCUCACAACAGACGUUUGCAACGAGAUAAGAAAAAUAAAGGAAUUGAGAAAUGAGCUUGCACAUAUUGCCUCACUCUCUAUGGAAGAAGAUGAGUAUGAUGAAGAUAGGAAAGAACUGGCUGCUACGUUGAUGAAGCUUACUAACGGUCUGGAUCGCACGGUCCAUGACAAAUGCCAACAUUUUAUUAAAGAUUUUUCCACAGGGCCUAUAGAUAUAAAUUCAGCUAAUGAAAGGGUAGCAGAUCUACGUAGAUAUGAUGAAUUAAUUUCGAAACAGUUUGAAAUUCUUACCGGAAAAGUAGAUCAAGUUCAUUACGAAUUGCAAGACAUCAAACAGAUGUUGAGAAGUGUGUUGCAGCUGGAAGAAGAAUGCUCCACUUUUAAAGUGAUUGGAACGGAAAUGGUGCUACGUUGUCCCAGCAAUCGCCUCAUAAAAUUAGCAGAAGAAUCUAUAAUACAGGUAUUUAAAGCUGCUUUGAAAAGAACUGGUGGAGAAGAGGAUAUUACAAAACUUGCCAUUGCUGUUAGGGCAAUAUUAAGUGAUAUCGAGAACUGUGACGGCGUGGAAGUAUCCGAAAUAGAGAAGCACUGUAUUAAGAUAAUUAUGAAAUGUAAAACCUGUAAAGGGUUGUUAGAACUGUUAGAAUAUAUAGAGAGCGAACGUUUGCAGCAGAGACUACUAGAUCUAUCAUCAGCACUGGCGGAGAUGUUCGAUGAGCGUUUCACUAUAACAGCAGAAAUAGCAGAUGAUAGUCUAGAAGAAUUACUGAAAAUGAGGGAGAGGGUCAGAGGAAUAUUACACCAGCCCGACGAAAUGCUACCAGCCAAAAAACAAAUAACUGUCACCGAUACAUCAUAUGAAAAUAUAUUGAAAUAUUCGUCUGAAGACACUGAAGUCGAAACAGAAGACGACCCCAGCCAGGACUCUGAUACUCUGCUGAAAGAUGAACGACGGAGAGUUCCAGUUUUAGAACAUGGGGAUAGUGGAAAUAACACAACAACGAUGACAUCUGCUGAGUGUGAACUUGAUACUAUAGAAGACAGCUUGCAGGAAGAGUUUGAAUUUAAAAUAUCUACAGAUUAUGAUGAAGUUGAAGCUGAAGAUGUGGACAUUCCUCUAAGAGAGUAUCAAAAGGAGCUUGCAAAGGAAGGGGAAGAAGGGGAAAAUGUUAUUGUAAUGGCGCCUACCAACACAGGGAAGACCAGAGUAGCUUGCAGAAUUAUGCAGGUCCAUUUACGCCGCCAGAGACAAUCUGGAAAGACUGGAAAAGUUAUAUUUCUGGUAGAUAAUGACGAAUUAGCAUUCCAUCAAGGAAAAGUUUGUGCAGAACUGUUACCUGCUUAUAGAACGAAGGUGGUCAGUGGUAGUAUUCUAAGAAGCAAGAAACAAUUUCUAUGGGACUUUCUAGACAGGAGAGAUAUUUUGGUGGUUACAGCUGAUGUUUUACCGGAUGCAAUAUAUUUGAAAAAAGUUGACAGCAUAGCCAAGUUUUCUAUGAUAGUUUUCGAUGAAUGUCACCUCACAAUUGACUUCCAUCCAUUCAAUGAGACCUUGAGCCUAUAUAUGGAUCUAAAGUUGAGAAAACAUGUGGAUGCUGAGCAACUACCGCAGAUUAUUGGGUUGACAGGAUUUCUUUGGUUUGGAGACGAAACAAACAACGAUGCUGCUAUGCACUAUAUGAAGAUAUUUCUAGCACAUCUGGACGCUAAAUAUUUGUGCACUGUGAGAAAAAACAAAGAGGAACUGAAACAAUAUAGAAACUAUCAAACAGAAGAAAUAGUUGUUUCCAAAAAGAAGUCAAAUGAUAGAUACAGAGGAGCACUCCUUGGUAUAAUGGAUACUAUAGACAAUUACAUGAUUACACAUCCAAGCAUAAAAACCAUUCAAGGACGUGAUGAGUUUAUCAAGACUUUAUGUCGUGUACCUGCCUGCCGAGGCACCGAACAAUUCAUAGGGUGGCUUAGUGAUUUUAAAGAGGGUUUAGGAAAGUUGCGAUCAGAUAAUAUACGCCGGAUGAUGAACCCCUGUCGAAUACAUUUAGAGGCAUACAAUAAAGCUUUACUUAUUCAUGCUGAUGCGAGAAUAAAAGAUGCCGAAGAAAUCCUUGAAGAGUUUAUGGGUAUAGAAAAAGUGAACGUUCCAGGAAAUGAUACAGACGUUUAUUUGCUGGAAUUGUACAAAGAUCUAAAGAGGAUUAACUUUACUGAUGAGCCGGAAAACCCUAAGCUACUGAAGAUGGAGGAAAUUGUAAUGCGUAUCUUUAACCACAACGAGGAGGCUCGUGGGAUAAUCUUUGUAAAGACCCGAGAACUGGCACAGGCAUUAGUUAAUUGGAUGAGAGAAACUGAACCGUUAAAUACAUUAAAUGCUUCGGAAUUUGUUUGUCAGACAGCAGCAAAAGCAAAAGGAGGUAUGACAAAAUGUGGCCAGAAAGACGUUUUGGAUUAUUUCAAAGGCGGGCGUCACAAAAUAAUCAUCUUAACAUCAAUAGCAGAAGAAGGGUUAGACAUUACAAAAUGCAAUUUCAUCAUUCGGUAUGAACAUGUCACAAAUGAAAUUGUACGGCUGCAAUCAAGAGGUCGCGCAAGGCAGCAAGACAGCAGAUAUUAUGUUUUGACAGAAGAAGGUUCCUGGAUUGUUGAAAUAGAAGAAAAGAAAGCAUUGCUAGAAAAUGUUAUGAAUAUCAUAUUACCAGAACUACAGGUUUACAUUGAAGAUCAUCCGAACCUUUGGGAAAGAGAGCUGCGAGAAAUGCAAGAGGAACAAAAACUCCAAGAAGAACUUCAACAAAAGCAGUAUCAAGCUAAUAUGACUAACGCUGAACGAGAAUUCCGAUGUCUGAACUGCAAUCAUUUUAUUUGCUUUUUAUCUGACAUACGUAAAAUUCAAGGCGCUCAUCAUGUGGUUGUUGAUGAAGGAGUUUCAGAGAGGCUGAUUUCAUUCCGCAAUCCGCAUCCAAGGUUUAUUGAUGAGGAACUGAAAUUCAAUGGUGCUAUAUUUUGUGGAAACCCUUACUGCCAAAGAGAACUAGGUGGCCUAUGUGAGUACAAACAUGCUGAAUUUCCACUGUUAAAAAUAAAGAAUUUUAGAGUUGUCAGUAGAAACGAUGAAGGCAAUACUUUCAAGCAGUGGAAGAAGACAAAUUUUGAGGUCGAGCCGUUCACGCUGGAAGAUCUUCGACAUGUUGCUGAACGGCGAAGAAGGGACAUAUAGAUAAUGAAAAAAGUUAAUACGAAAUGUAACAGUGUUGUGUUUCGACUUUCCUAAAACCUGAAUCUGUCUUCAAGGCAUGUCAUGACUUGACUUCACCUUCUAAACAUUUAAUUACACAGAUCAAGAUACGACUAUAAAAUUUUAUGAUUCAAUUAUGAUAACAUGUGUGAUUACUCGUCUUGAGUGUUAAAUGAUUAUACAUACAUGUUGCGAUGAUCUUGUAAAGCUAUGUUACAUUUACAUAGGAAUAGGGUGUUUGUAGCCAGGAUGUUUACCGUAGUAAUGGCUGUGUCCAUUUAAUUUGCAAAUCAUAUUAAGGUCUACUUAGGACAGUGCAUUUUAUGCCGAAAUUAAGAUCGUUAACUGCAUCAACAUUUUACAAAAAGCGUUCGUUCACAUUUAAAUAUUGGGAAAGUUGUUUUUUAAGUUAAGACAUUGUUUUCAGUGUUUAUAUCAUUUACUAUAGAUUUCGCAUUGUUAAAGGUUCGAGUCAGUCCAUGGUUUUGCGAAUGUAUUAGGUCUAAAAUAUAUUAAUGUUUAUUUUCCUGUUUUUUGCUAGAAAGCGUUUUUGAAACAAUUGAAUUGAAGUUUGGAAGUGGAAUUAUUGCGCGCAAAGUUUUUUGAGUCUAUAUCUGUUUAUGUCAGCGCAGUUGGCUCGGUAAGGUGAAUGCAGAUCUACUGAUAGAAGGGUCGAGAGUGGGAUCCCCGGCCGAGGUGUAUGUUCUUCGUGAUGAUUGAUAUACAUGUGGAGAACAGGAACACGGGUUAGGUUAACUGCCAACCGUUACAUGACUGAAAUACUGUUGAAAAACGGCUCUAAACCCAAAACAAACCAACAAACGAAAUUUAUUUAUGUUCUGCUCUAAGUGCUAAUCUUGUUCAUUAUCUAGCAUAUCUUUGUUUUAAGUAAAAACACAUUACUGUUUUCCAUCAAAGUAGAUGUUUCCGCUUAAUUAAACCACGCUUUGUGAGUCUGAUUGUGUCAUGAAUAUAUGGUUUUAUAUUUUCUGUGAUCAUAUUUUUGAGUCAGCUUUUUACCAAACUUAAGUUAUCACAAUAAGCGUUGGCAAUAUAAUGCACAUUACUCUGAACUAAUACUUGAAAAAAGACGUUGUACUACAAUGCCAUAGGUUAACUGCCUUAUAUGUAGAUUAGGUUGCAUGUUUGUAGAUUUAAACCAAGCACAUUUCGCGGGCUUAGCGCAAAACGGUUGUAACUCCUUAAUUUCAAGUUACAACCGUUUUGCGCUAAGCCCGCGAUUUUACUAAAUUAGUAUGUUUUAAUUGGUGAAUUUCAGUAAAAAGACAAAGUGAAAUAACCAAUCAUAUAUGGGUUUUUUUUCUACAUUCUUUUCAAUUGUUCUAGAAACUGUAUAUAUGGUUACAUUCUAUUAUUUAUUCUAAUAAAUUAACUGUUGUUUUGUA